UAUCAAAAUUCUUCCGAACAUGUGAUCAAAUCAAUCAGAAUAUCUUAUCACAGAUUGCCAUAGUCGAGGAUCAUUUUAUACAGUUGCUACCACUAUCGUUAAGUACAUCAUCAUUCCCAUAAAUAAUACCACUGUUUAUUACUAUUUUCAUUCACAGUCUCCAUAAAACAUCUUAUUCUAAUUAGCCGCAAAAAAUAAAAAAAAUCACAUGUUCAAUUCUUCUCACACCUGUCACAAGCGAGGGAGCGAGACCCAAGACUCACAUGACCGAGAUAAAGACGCGACACAUAUCCACUUCUCUGGCGUGAGAUAAGGCGGGGGGAGAUAAGGUGGGGGAGGGGAAGGUGACAAAAGAACUUAUUAGUGCUUUGUGGCUCAGUAUCUUCUGCGUGCGCCUCUGUGUCCCGGUGCUCCUACUGUGCAUCGCGGUCGUUACCAGUAGACCAAGUACAUAGGACCUGGUGAAGGAAACGCCACAGAGGAAGGAGCUCCAUGAAAGGUCCUUUAAACGCCGUUUGGCCGGGAAGAGGACGACUGUGAGGUGCGAGGACUCAAGUCAAGGAUGGCCCGAAGUACAUCCCCAUUGCCUUUCCAGUUGGCCAUCUGCCUUCUGGCCCUGCCUCUCUUCUUCGGUGCUGAAAGCCAUGACCCUUCCCACAACACCGCCGCACAGGACUGGAUUCAGCACAGUCCCCAUCAGGAAGGUUGGAAGAAGCAUUUAGCGCAGAAAAACGACCAGAAGCAAGGCCAUGAGAAAGCCCCUCCACUUCCACUCCUUUGGCCAGUAAAGGGGAAAAAAAUACAUCAUGAGACAGCGAAUCAUAUCAUGGCCUAUAAUUACCCACAACAUGACAGGUACCACAACCCAUACCUUGCCAAACCACAAGAGAUGGAGGACCAGGUGUUGGAUGCGGAAGGAGGAGGAAAAUCUGUCUCUUACAGAAGCGUGGGAAUGACAAAGAGUUCUUCCUCGAGAGAUCACGAUGUAGAUGAAAUCAUUCACUCUGUGGUUCUUCAGGGGACGUUUGGGGAAGACCUGACCAUGAAAACAAAUAAGACGACGGAAUAUUUGAUUGAAUACCUGUACAAUGCCACGGCUCUAAAGGAAAAAGCCAUCCGUGUCACGGUAAGCAGUCCUGAGAGCGACUUCACUUACCCUGUGCUUGUUGUGGUUCGGCAGCAACGCGGGGUCUUGUCUUGGCAGCUGCCUGUAGAGCCGCCACCUAGCACACGCACCCUAGAAGAAUACAAGCUUGUAUCACGCACCCUGUGUCCCGUGGAGAACUAUAAAACUUCUCUGCAAGCCAGCCACCUCGACGUCAAACAGCGACUCUUUGUUGAUGUCUCAACUUCCUCCCCAAGCUACGUCAACUUCACUGUUAAAGCAGAAUUUGAAAAUGACUUCUUGCUUAAACUCCAUGAGAAGCAGACCUUUGAGGUUACCCCUUCGACUCCCGUUUUCUAUGAGUUCCAGUUCCCAGACCACGUGGACAUGAUUCUCGUAAAGGCCAAUGCUGAGGAUGAUUUCUGCGCGAUGGUGGCCAUUCAGAAUAUUACGUGUCCUGUAUUUGACAGUGAGGAGAACAUUAAGUAUGGCAACUUCUACCAGACAAUGACAUACCAAGCUGGUAUCACAGUUCGGAAAGAGAAUUACCCCAAGGGCCUCUAUGUGAUCGUGGUGAUGCUCUCCAAUGAUGAGCCAUGUUCAGGGUCAUUCCAGCACAUUUUCCGCACGAGGAGGAAGACCGUCACAAUCAGCAUCGAGGAGAAAAUCACAAAACUGGAGUACUUGGCUGCUAUCUUUGCUGGCCUGGGCUUCUGUGCCUUUUUCUACAUUGUCACUGUCAUUCUGGCAUGCGUGUCAUAUAUCAGAGCCAAGAGAAAGCAACCUCGUGAACGUAGCCUUCUUGAUGACUCGAUUAUCACGCCGGAGGACCUCAACACCUCAGGACCUUCGUACGGUGCCAUAGAUUCUCAAGGAAGAAAUGAGCCCAAGGAUCACGGCCUGCCACGUACCGUGUCAGACUCUUCUUUAGAUGAGGACGACAUUGACAUGCUGACAGAUGCAGAGAGUGACAAGGACAUUUUCAGAACAAAAACCUUCCUAUAUGUGAGUGACCUGGCAAGAAAGGACAUGCGAGUGUUGAAUAAGAAGUCACAAUUGUACAUCUGGGGCCUGCUUACUGUAGGCGUCUUCUAUGCCGUCCCAGUCAUUCAGCUCGUUAUCACUUACCAGAAGGUGCUAGAUGUAACAGGAAACCAAGACCUGUGUUAUUACAACUUCUGGUGUGCGCAUCCCCUUGGACCACUGAGCGACUUCAAUCACGUUUUCUCGAAUAUCAGCUACAUCCUCUUUGGAAUUUUGUUCAUGGGUGUCUGUGUACGGAGAAGCCAUCGACAUAAGCAGGCAGUUUUGCAGGACUAUAAAAUUGAUAAGUACUACGGAAUUCCCCAGCACUUUGGAAUAUUUUACGCCAUGGGGGGUUCGCUAAUCAUGGAGGGGUUGCUUAGCGGUUGCUACCACAUCUGCCCGAACAACUCCAAUUACCAAUUUGACACCUCCUUCAUGUACGUGAUCUCGGUGAUGUCCAUGCUUAAGAUCUACCAGACGCGGCACCCAGACAUCAACGCCAGUGCGAGUGCUGCCUUUGCUGCUCUAGCAUUGGCUGUAGUCCUGGGUGUCAUUGGUGUGCUGACAGGAACAACUUUAUUCUGGGUCAUCUUUGGCUUCAUCCACGUGAUCUCGUGCCUCCUCCUGUCAUGCAACAUUUACUACAUGGGGAGGUGGAAGUGCGACCUGGGUCUAUUUGGACGGAUGAAAACUUGGUUCAUGAGUGAGCUAAGCGACUGGCGGGGAAUCUGCAGGCCAAUGUACUGUGAUCGCAUGGUUCUCCUGCUCUUGGGUAAUGCUGCCAACUGGGGGCUGGCCAUUUAUGGGAUGGUCUCUACACCGAAGGACUUUGCUUCAUACCUCUUGAUCAUUUUCUUGACGAAUUUGCUUUUGUACAUUGCCUUUUACAUCAUCAUGAAGCUGAGACACCGUGAACGCCUCCAGCUGCAGCCUUUGGUUUACUUGCUGCUUUGCCUGUUUGGUUGGAGCGCUGCCAUCUUCUUCUACGUGCACCACACAACUACUUGGGAACUCACUCCUGCGCACAGCCGCCAGUUUAACCAGGAGUGUGUCUUGCUUCACUUUUACGACACUCACGACAUUUGGCAUUUCUUCUCAGCUGCAGCGAUGUUCUUUGGUUUCAUGCUUCUCCUCACCUUAGAUGAUGAUCUUGCACACACGCCUCGAGAGAAGAUUCCAGUUUUCUAAGGGCUGCGACAGUGAUGUAUGUUAUAGCGAAGACGGUGCUUUUAGGAGGAAGCUUGAGUGGAGAGUCUCAAGCACUGUUGUUUUAAUUUUUUGCUUUAUUUGUUUCGUUGCUUUAUUUUUCAUACUUUUUAAAUGUCACUUUUUUUUAUUCUCUCUCUCUCUUUUUAUUUUUUCUUUUCUCUUACUUUUUCAUGUAGCUUUUCUGUUUCCUUUAAUGAGUUCACUGUUAUAGUGAAGAAUGAUGUACUGGAGGUUAAAGAA